UGUUUAAUUUGCAGAUGCGACUGUGAUCACCAGCGACGGCCUUCAAGGCUACGACCCCCAGUUCAUGGUCGGCUGUUACUUUCCCGCGGAAUUUCAGGGUGAGUUCAUGACACAGGUGAGCGGAAAGGAAGCCAGCGAUACGAACGGCGAGCCCAUUCAAUACUCCUCCAUCAACAUCACAUUCAACGCCAUACCCGUGUGGGGCUACUGCCACAGGAGGGUCGGCGAUAACGUGUUGCUAAUGGACAGGUACAGCGACGGGGAGUGCAUCAGGUGCUUUCGUCUGCUGAGAAGAUCGCGGAACGUGAUCGAAGUGUUCUCUGAGAACCUGAACAGGUGUUACACUACGGAGUCCACCGCUUUGGCCUCUUGCGAAACGUUGAACUCCACGUCGAUCUUAUAUCGUACCAAAGAGAUUGGAAGCGUUCCUAUUAGAAACGAAUACUGUCCUAUCACUGGACAGUAUCAUUUCAAGUACAGCGUCAAUAAUGGAUCCGACAGGGUCAUCGAAUGCAACAGCUUCUCGUCUUCCUUCAACAAUUGCCCGGAUGGGUCUGUUCUGAGGUUGCAUUUCAGUCAGUGCACCUUUGAGGCUCAAGCAAACCUAACGUUUAACUGUUUGGGAAACUGGCCUGGUCCAAACGGGUCCACCUAUUUUGCACUGUUGGACAACAAUGCAGCCAGCGAAGGUAGACCACAGUAUAGAUGCGGGCUAUACCAUGUCGACAAUAAAAAGGGUAAGACGUACAUGGCACUCAGCAGCGAUUCCAGUUGUACAGAGAAUUUGGAUAACUCGACCAGUGGAUACGAGACGCUGAUCCUCAGCAAAGUUCCAAAUCAGAAGAAAAUGCCUAAUUACGUGAAGACUCACGUGGCCACAUUUCCAAAAUGGGCCCAAGGCGUAUGGGAACAGUCCCUUAUCGUGAAUGGCACCAUGACCUUUACCGAUCUCAACGGCUACAAUAGUUACACUUUCAUUACUGUGGAUUCAAACGAGGAGACUGGUCGUUACAUUGUUUAUUCCAAAGACCAAUGUGAACAAACGGCCUACGUGUGUUUAAUGAUGAGGCAACGAAGCGAAAAUGUACUGGAGUUCACGAUAGGAAUGGUGCUGAGUCCAGUUUACCAAACGUACUUGUGCGACGAUCCUAAUUUAGAUAAGCCUGUUUGGAUGACACAAGCAAGAGUGGAACGCGUGGUGGAAUCGCCUUGUCCAAUCACUGGCCAAUACAUGGGAAUGAUAACUGACUUGUCAGGAAUGUGUGCUGAGCUGAGCAGUAAUUGCAAUACGCGAGAAAUAAUGUAUUUCAAAGUUACAGACUGUGAGUCUGGUGAACUUUACGAAGAACGAGCAUACUUGUGCUUAGGGCAGUGGGAGGAAAAGGGUGUUAUGUACGCGUACACCAUGAGAAACGACACCAGCACCAACGAAUGCUUUGUAGGUCUAAUUGUAAACGACGAAGAAAUCUAUAUAAAGGAGGCAGGGGAUCAUUGCAUUCGAAACAUUGAUCCCAAACUAGAAGGAAUGCGUUUGUAUAAAAAAGGUCAAUGUUAUGGAAAUUCUCCAAGUCCUGCACCUACACCAAUGAAACCAAUACCUCACAAUCCAAUAAUGAGAAUUGCAACUACCCCUCGAUCAAGAAUAUCAGGUGGCAACAAUAUACCAGGAAAUAAUAUUCCAUCCCUAACCUCCAGUAACGCAAGUGCAUCCUACAAUUUCAUGACACUGCAAAGGAGAUAGGUGAUCUGUUUGUGGUGGACCAUCUUGUGUAUUAGUAACUAUAUCGACUUAUACCUUAAAUGUUACUUAUAAUAAGUAACUAAAAUCACUUUGCUUUUUAUUCGUAUUUAAAAGAUGAAAAUAACUCUAUUUUCUGACAGAAUGCAUAUUAAUAUGUAUUAAUAAAUUCUGAAGAAAUGAAAGAACUUAGUACACGAAGAAAUAUAUUUUAUAAUACGCAAAAGUUUUACCGAGAAAAUAAACCGUAAACAAAGGAUCAAAGAUAAUAAUAAUGCAGAUAGUAAGAUAUACUACUGCAUAUCAGUUGUUCUCUGUGAUUUUGUUGGGAAGUUUUCGAAAGCACGAUAGGUUAUACAACAACUUUAAUAUUAACUUUUCUAUACCGAUAUAAACAAAUGUCGUGUAUACGAGUAAACUAAGAUUUUUAUAAGGAAGCAUUGUGUGAAAUGGUGAUUUUAUAGAAUACUUUUAAGAUUUGUUUUUAUAUUUAUAUACAAUUGUAUAUACAUGUGUAUUUGUAAACUGCUUAAUGUAUAUGUAUAGUAUGAAUGACACAGUAGUAUGUACAAUGUAGAUAGCAUUUACUUUGAAUUGUGUAUAGAUGAACCAGACACUAAAUCCUCAACAGUCACUGAAUAUUUUUACAGUUCAAUAUUGGCCCAUAUGUUAUGUUAUGGGGCUCAAAUGUGUUAACUCGACUUUUUAUUUUACAGAGUUUACUAGUUUGGUAUUUGAGAAGGUUGUACAUUGAACAUAUGUACAUAUAAAAAGGUUACAAGUAUGCAUCAAUUUGCAUUUCACGUCUUUUCAAUAUUUAAUAGUGACAGAAACUAAAUUUUACAUUUAAUAAUUAGCAUGGUUCUAAUCAUAUAUAAUCUAGUAUUCUUUAGAUUAAUGUAAAGUACUAGAAAAUAAUAAUUUUUUACACGAAAUAAUUAAUCAAUUAUUAUCUAAAUACAAAUAUAAAAAAACAUGUGAUCUUAUUAUAUACGGAUAAUUUAUAUUAUCGUCUCAUCGUGGUUCUUUAAGCGCUGAAAUUCAAACCAACACCAUACCGUUCCUGUAAUAGUUACAAUUUACAAUGCAAAAGUGCAAUCAAGUCAAUUCUUUAUUCGAAGAUUUUUUGAAAACUUAGGCAUUAAAUAUCGCAACUGUACAUAAUCGACAUCACACGGCAAUUGUAUAUUCAGCAAAAAUAAUUUUUGUAUAAUGCUAUUUUAAUACUGAGUUUUAUAUUUUUAAUUAACAACGUUUUCAACAUUUGUGUAAUAUCUACUUCUUAAUGUAUAAAACUAAGCAGCAGCUACUUCUUUAUGUACUAUUAAGUUAUUUAUUUUAUAUAGUCAUACGAUAAAGUAAGUUUGUAUAUUCGUAUCUUUAAACGGAAUAAAUAAUUUUUAACGAACAAUUUUU